AUGGCGGCAGCGACUGCAUUGCAGAUUGCAGGACUGAUCCUUGGUGGCAUUGGCACUGUUGGGACCUUUGCCAUCACUGGCAUGCCCCAGUGGCGAGUGACGGCUUUCAUUGAAAGCAAUGUGGUGGUCUUUGAGACAUUUUGGGAAGGCCUCUGGAUGAAUUGCAUAAGGCAAGAGUCCAUCAGGAUGCAGUGCAAAGUCUAUGACUCCCUCCUGGAUCUCCCACCAGACCUGCAAGCUUCAAGAGGCUUGAUGUGUGCAGCUUCAGCUCUGGCAUUCCUCGCUUCUGCAGUGGCUGUUCUUGGCAUGAAGUGUACCCAGUGCACAGGAAAUGAUGAUCGCAUCAAAGGCUACAUUCUGCUGGCGGGCGGCAUUUCCUUCAUCCUGACUGGCAUUGUGGUGCUCAUCCCAGUGUGCUUUGUUGCCCAUAACAUUAUCCGAGACUUCUACAAUCCUGUCACCACACUGGCUCAGAAGAGGGAGCUUGGAGAAGCACUUUACAUAGGCUGGGCUUCAGCUUUCUGUCUUGUGGUUGGAGGGGCAAUUUUAUGUUGUUUCUGCCGUUGCGAUGAAAAAACCCGAAGCUACCGGUAUUCAUUACCCUCACAACCGACCACUUACCGCAGCCACAAUAUUCAAAGAAGAGCGGAGAGUGCAUAUUCUAAAAGUCAGUAUGUUUAG